UCAGAAUCGUAUCGUCAGGGCUACCAACCUCACCAGGAAUCAUGGCGGAAUUGAACCGGAGUUUGACAGCGAUGGACUGGCUUCCUCGCCUCAACGCCCGCGGUGCUCUGAGCGCGGGCGGGAUCUGGCUCGAGGGCGUGAAUGAUCCUCCAGAACUCGUGCAGGCUGACUCUUCCACCCCGCCCUCGCCGCCCACUAAUAGCAAACCUCCGUAUAGUUACGCCAACCUGAUCACCCUCGCCAUUAACAGCAGUUCGAAGCGGAAGAUGACCCUGGCGGAAAUCUAUCAGUGGAUUAUUGACAACUUCCCUUACUAUCGCCAGGCGUCGGCAGGCUGGAAGUGUUCGGGUGUAGAGCUCGGAGUAGAAUGGCAAACCUUAGAAUGGCAACCACCGACGAUGGUUGACGUGGCUGAAGACGAAGGACACACUCGUACGCCUCAGGCCGUUUUCACACCUAGGUGGCACGUUGCAUAUGGCACGCCACUUGAAAACGAACGCACGGAAACUAUUUUGAGGGUCUGCCUCACACUCUGCCCCAAAGUCAUUCACUUUAUUCCUCCAAGUGACAGUAAGAUAGUUGUCACAAGAUUAUUUAGAACUUUGGACAACAAUAGCAUCAUCAAUUUCCGAUGA